AUGGGAACAUGUUCUCUAGCCGUUGCAGGGUCAACUAUACAAGCUGAUGACACUAUACCGACUGGCAGCAGUGCAGUAGCACAGCUGCAGGGAACAGAUAGAGAACCUGGUUCUCUAUACUAUUUGGUGGACUCUUAUAUUCUAUCAAUUGGCAUCAGAGCAGGUUCUUUCUAUAAGAAAGCAAAGAAAAUUCUUGUUUACGGUAUUGGACCUGACGAGUACAAUCAUAUCUCGUCUUGUGAAUCUGCAAAAGAAAUCUGGGAUACUCUUCAAACUGCUCAUGAGGGAACAAGUCAGUUAAAAAGACAACAGGAUCUGGAAAAGAGGGAGCCAAUAAAAGAGAAGAUUCUGGUUCUCAAGGCUGCUGCUAAAAGUCAGUUUAGUGAUGAUGAAUCUGACAUGGCUUAUCUCACUAGAAGAUUUCAAAAAAUGGUUCGGAAAUAUGGUGGGUUCCAAAGGAAAGGAAACACAAGCAAAAUUUCCAAAGGAAAUGACCGCUGCCACAAGUGUGGGAAACCUGGACAUUUCAUCAAAGAGUGUCCUCUCCACAAGCAGGACUAUUACAAGAACACGCUGAAAAAGCAGCAAAGAGGAACCUGUUUCCUGAUAGAAAAUUCAAAAGAAGAGAAGCAGCUGACAACUUGGUGUAGGGCUGUUCACGCGUACAAAACUACGAGGUGUAACACUCUGGCUGCCUGGAUAGACCCCUCCAGUGAAUCUGAAGAUGAAGAUGAUCAAGGAGAUGCUUCUAUUAUGGCUGUUGACGAUGGACCUUCAAAAUAUGAGUCAAUAUUUGCACUUAUGGCCAAAUCUGACGAUGGUGAUGACAAUGAAGAUGAGGCUAGAGUGAGCGGAAGCAAUCAAAAAUGGUACAUGGAUAGUGGCUGCUCAAAACAUAUGACUGAAAAUAUGCAGAAUUUUCUCUCACUCAAGGCCUUUCAAGGUUGGAGUGUAUCGUUUGGAAAUGGAAAGAAAGAUUGUAUUCUUGGCAUUAGAAAAAUUGGCAAGACACAGUCGCAUGCUAUUGAAAACGUGUACUAUGUGGAUGGCUUGAAAUACAACUUGCUGAGUGUCUCUCAAAUAUGUGAUAGAGGAAAUGAAGUGAAUUCUCAUACAGUUCCUACACUGUCACCAACAUCAAAUAUGGAGAAGUGGUCCUGA